AUGUCCUUCGUCCGCGCCGCGUCGAAGGUCAGCCGAGUGGGCGUGCGAGUCCCGGCCUACCGAGCAACCCCCGUUGCGUUGAACACCCAGCGUGCUUUCUCGCAGUCGGCCGUCCGCAAGAGCGAUGCGCAUGCCGAGGAGACAUUCGAGGAAUUCACCGCCAGAUAUGAGAAGGAAUUCGAGAAGGUGAACGACGUUUUCGAGCUUCAGCGAAACCUGAACAACUGCUUCGCCUACGAUCUCGUUCCCUCAACCACCGUCAUCACCGCCGCUCUCCGCGCUGCCAGGCGCGUGAACGACUUCCCCUCAGCUGUCCGGGUUUUCGAGGGUAUCAAGUUCAAGGUCGAGAACAAGGGUCAAUACGCAGAGUACCUCCAGGAGCUCGAGCCCAUACGCGAGGAGCUCGGAAUUCCUCUUAAGGAGGCCAUGUACCCCGAUGAGAAGUAG